AUGGCAAAUAGAAGAGCUCCCGGUGAAUACAUUCAAGCACCUCCUAAUGCUGCAGCUCAUGUGGACGCUUAUUUUGAAUAUCGAGCAAUUGUGGGUGACGAUGACGGAGGCCAAAUGUUUACGCCCGAAGAAUUUGAAGCGUACAAAAAUCGUGUCUUGCCCAUGCGUUUGCAUAAUCGUUUAUACGUAUCGUGGGUGAAUCCAGAGGGAAUGGAUUGUAUUCUAGUCGGACCACAGCACAAAUGUCUAUGUCGACAUAGAUUCACUGAGCACAAAACUGAUUUUCAACAAAUACCAAAUGAUCGUCCAAUUCUUCUUCCAUGUCGUGCCUCUGGUUGUCGCUGUGUUUCAUUUGAUUACGCAGCAAAUUCAUCAGGCACUAGUGAUCCUAAUUGCAGAUGUAAACAUGCUUUAGAACAUCAUUCUACAAAUCCACCGUACAAAUGUAAAAAAGGCUGCGCUUGUUCAGGUUUCAGUACCCCAUUCACAUGUGGCUGUGGCACAGCAGCUAAUAAGCAUUUCACACUUGUGGAGACAGCAGAAGAGCGAGAAAAACGUGGUCAUCCAACGGGAUCGUAUGCUACGCCUUACAAAGCAAUGGGUGGAAUGACGGGCUUUAGUUCAUUGGCUGAAGGAUAUCUUCGAUUAGAUGAAAGUGGUAGAGGUAUGGAUCUAUAUCUAUUAAUGCAUUUAGGUCGACCGAGUGAUGAAUUUUUAAAUCAACCAAUCACAGCGGCAGAUCACCCGAUAUUACGGACACACGCCGCACUCGAUCCUAGCAGUCAAGAAGCUCAAAAUCAAUUACGACGUGGUGGCGAAAGUGAAUUAGAUUACUAUGAAAGAAGAUAUAAAGAACGAGUAAGAGAAAGGAUGUUAUGGGCUAGUUAUACCUACCUCUUGGCUGUCCAACAUCUGUCAAAAUCGGUUAAAGCACCGGAAAAUCCCUAUAAUUCAGAUGCUCAAUUAACGACGGGUAGUCGAAAAAGCGGCACUUCACCGCAAAGACAUAUUAAAAAAUGA